GUUCACACUUAGUGUGGGACUGGAAUCGAUCAGUGAGCGGACCCUGCAGUGGAACGUUUUGCAGAGAGGCUGAGGAAUUGGGAUCUACUGGACGAUACGGACCGAUCAGCUCUUCUGACAAAAUAUGGCCAAAGAGGACAUCGGCAAUGAGAUGGCCGACCAACGAGUGGCGCCAGAGGCCCAGUCUGCCGACAACCUGUUCGAAGGAGACGAGAACCCUGAGCGAGGCAACUGGACCGGCAAGCUCGACUUCCUCCUCUCCUGUCUCGGAUAUGCCGUCGGCCUCGGAAACGUGUGGCGGUUUCCGUACCUGUGCUACAAAAACGGCGGAGGCGCCUUCCUGAUUCCCUACGUGAUCAUGCUGUUCGGCCUGGGCAUCCCGCUGUUCCUCCUGGAGCUAACCGUUGGACAGUACAGCGCCCUGGCGCCCAUCAGUCUCUUCAAAAACUACGCUCCGGCGCUCAGAGGUCUUGGCGUCGCGAUGUUCCUCGCCUCGGUGGCCGUCGGCCUUUACUACAACAUGAUCAUCGCGUGGACGGUGUACUACACGUACUCCAGCAUGACGACCGACCUGCCCUGGCAGUACUGCAACCACGACUACAACACGCCCAACUGUUUCAACUACAACGAGUACCAGCAGUGUAACAUGACUUACAACGAGUCAACGUGGUGGAUCUACAACUACGGUCACUGUAUCACCAACCGCACAGAGGCCGACAUCCUGGGCGUCAACAGUACCGUGCCCAAGGAGGACAGAGUCUCCCCCGCUGAGGAGUACUUCAACCUGCACGUUCUGGGCCUGAGUGACGGCAUCGGCGACCUCGGAGGCGUCCAGACCGGCCUGGUGGUCUCGCUGCUCAUCGCCUGGGUGGUGGUCGGCGCCGCGCUCAUCAAGGGCGUCAAGUCCUCCGGAAAGGUGGUCUACUUCACUGCGCUUUUCCCGUACCUGGUUCUCAUCAUCCUGCUGAUUCGCGGCGUAACGCUGCCCGGCGCCUCCGAGGGCAUCAAGUUCUACAUGGUGCCGGAUCUCAACAGACUCAGCGACAUCGAUGUCUGGGUGCAGGCUGCCGUUCAGAUCUUCUACUCGCUCAGUAUUGCCAGCGGAGGACUGAUCACUCUUGCCAGCUACAACAAGUUCCAUAACAAUGUCAUCAGGGACACGUUCAUUGUGUGUUUCGGCAACUGCUUCACGUCCGUGUUCGCUGGCUUCGCCAUCUUCUCCGUCCUGGGAUUCAUGGCAUCGGAGCUCGGAGUGCCCGUCUCUGAAGUCGUCAAGAGUGGAUCAGGUCUGGCGUUCGUGGCCUACCCGGAGCUGGUGACUCGUCUCCCCGUCUCCACUCUCUGGGCGCUUCUCUUCUUCCUGAUGCUCUUCACCCUCGGACUCGACUCCCAGUUCGCCAUCGUGGAGAACAUCAUCACCUGCAUCCUGGACGAGUUCCCGAAGCUGCGCCAGUGGAAGUCCUGGGUGGUCGUAGGAAUCUGCUCGACACUAUUCCUGCUCGGCAUCCCGCUCACAACUCAGGGUGGCCGCUACAUAGUCGAUCUGCUGGAUAACUACGCCGCUGGCUGGCCUUACCUCUUCAUCGGUUUGGUGGAGCUCCUGGCUAUGUACUGGAUGUACGGCGUCAGAAACUACUACCGCGACCUCACCAACAUCAUGGGCUUCAGCCCCGGCUUCCGACUGAAGGCGCACAUCACCGCCAUCUACGGCACCGUGUCUCCUCUCCUGGUCGGGUCGAUACUUCUGCUGAGCUGGAUCAACUACGAGCCGUACAAGGUGGAUGACUACACGUACCCCGGCUGGGCGAACGGCAUCGGCUGGGCCAUCGCCAUGGUCAUCAUCGCCACGGUGCCAGUCGGAUUCGUCUACAACAUCGUCUGGGAGGAGGAUGGCGGCAUCAAGGAGCGCCUGCUGAACUGCAUCCGGCCCACGGACGGCUGGUUCGAACACUCGCGAAACAUCGCCAACCGGGAGAAGACGGCCGCUGCCGAGGCUGGCAUCGACAACACCAGCAGCCUCGAAGUCACCACUCACAUGUAGACAACGUGGAGUCAGACGUCAACUUUGAGAUUAUCAAGAACCCAUGCUUGGACAACCUGCCGGCUGCUGGGAGUUCAGCUACAGCUUCUGAAGUAUUUUUUGUUCUUGCUUCUCAGCGACACGAUGAUCUCUAUGCGAUUCGGUGAACAAGCGGUACUUGUUCAUGAUUCCGCUUGUUUUCCAUGACUGUAAUGUCUGCGAGUUAGAGCUAAAAGCCAAAGUGUGGUUUGUUUGUGUCUGAAGGUACUUAUUUAUCGUAAUACCUUAUACCAGUGUCGGAUUCAGGUUUCGUGUACCUAAUUCCGCCGAAUAUCGUACGCUUUUCUUUUUUAAUGCACAGAUACAAGAGCUGCCGAGCCACGAUGUGCUAGACCAACGAUGGGAGAUCUCGGGCAUUUUUUAUUCGAAUUGGUGAGAAGGAGUACCAUGUACCUAAUUUAUACCUCCCUGACAUAUACAAGGGAGUAAGUUGUGCAGAUGUAAUGUGUGGCAACGUGCUGCACUUUUGCGGUAUUCCAUAUAUGGAAAUGAUUGUUAUGCUAUUACUGCGACUGAAAUGGGUUUAUGCGCGUACUACACAGUCUGUCCGAUGUUACAAACGGGUGCGAGAUGAGAUACCUCCUUCAGUCAGAAGUGCGAGAGAUGAUGAGUGUGUGUCUGAACUGUGUAAGUUGCAUUGUACAUGCCUGCCUCAGUGUAUAUACUUGCUUUCUACCUAUUUAAUACUUGACAGUGUUAUUGCUGCUUCAUGUUAGGUGCAUGAAAUCAAUGAAGGCGACUAUGAAGUCUGAUGACUGAUUCCUUGCGUAAUGGUUGGCCAGUAUGAGCAUUCAAGGAAAUCUGCUUUUUCAAAGUGGCGAUGUUUUUAUUAGGUCUGUUGAAAAUGAUUGAUGACCAGUGUUCCGGAGCAAUGAUCAAUAAAUGGAUUGAUUUUA